UUCUUCUCUCUUGUCUUUGCUCAUGUUAAAAAAUACGUUUAGACAACUUCGAGAACAAUCUGAUCUUCUUGUCCCUAGGACAGAAGCAGCUAAUGAGCCACUUAUUUAUAGAAGUCUCAAUCAAAUAAGACGAGAACUCAAUAGCAUGUCCAAACGAAUCAAACCCGAUCCUGAACUCGAUGCCAAAGCUCACUAUUUUCUUGCUAGUGGUGGCAUCAAUACAGAACAUAUCAUUACAUCUAUUGAUACCAGUCGUGCUUUUCAAGUAGUAGAAGAAGAAGAUCAUACAGAUGUAAAAAAAUACUUGCAAGAAGAGCAUGAGAAAGUAUUGAUUCAUAUUAUUGAAGAACAAAGACGCUCGAAUGACCAAGACUUUGAUGAUUAUUUUGAAGCACAACAUGAAGGAUACAUCAAAGCCAUGUUAGAAGAAGCAAACCAAGAUGCUGAGAAUAGAAAAGAUUAUGAAGUAUUCGAGAAAUACAAUAAUGGCAAUGGUGUUUCUCGAAUCAUUGACUAUGCUCAUAUUGUCAGUCAAUUAAACCAUAACCGAUCUUUAGACAUGGAUUUUGAUGUGAUUGAAGCAUUUGCUAAUCUACGCAACAUGUCAGAAUUACAAAAGGCUCAAGACAGCGCUUAUGAGGCUUGGGAUAUGCUUCGUUAUCUAGUGAACCAUGCAGGUCUCGACAAUAGACCAGAAGGUCGAUUUAUGUCUUAUAUCACAGCACCAGCUCAUUCUGCUCUUCAGAUCCAAACACGCCGUCAAUUGAUUCAGGCUUCUAAAUCAUGGCUUGAGAGACAAGUAUCUCAAUUGAUCAAUGAUGCCUUAAACAAAAAUGCAACCAAAAUUCAAAUUGGUGGUAAUCCUUCUAUCACACAUCGCUUACGUGCAUUUAUCAAUUUCAAGUUCAAGACAAGCACAGGUUGGGUAGAUGAUCGCCUUGAGAUUGUAGAUGGAUUGCCUAUCUGGACAUUUGUGUAUCUGUUGAUCCGUAUGGGUCAUUUAACAGUAGCUGCUAAAUUUGUGGAUGAUCACCGUGAGAUGUUUACGAGUGAAAGAAGAUUCGUAAGCUAUUUUGAAGAAUACGCGAAUGCAGACAGCCACAAUGUAUCGACAACCACAGCAGAAGCCAUUCUUUCAGACUACAAUCGAUUUGAAUAUGGUGAAAUAGUGACUGAUCCUUACAAGAUUCUGAUUUACAAGCUAAUGGGUCGAUGUGAAUUACAUAAAAAGACAUUGCCUGAUGUGAUCCAUACAACAGAAGAUUUCAUUUGGCUUCAGUUGAUGUUGGUGAGAGAAGUGAUUGAACAAGAAUCAGAUUAUAGAUUAGCAGAUGCGCAAGACUACAUUUCAUCAUUUGGUCCAACUUAUUUUGAUCAAGAAGAGUUUGAUCCAUGGAAUUACUUCAAGAUCCUUUUGGCCACUUUACAGUUUGAAAAGGCAGUCAAUUACCUGUACCAACAAAAGCAUCUUCGACUUGAAACUGUUCAUUUUGGUCUUGCUUUAGUUUAUUAUGGUUUACUUGAGAACAAGAGUCACCAUGGUUAUCCAUCGAAAUUUGCUGAAUGGAUUCAUUUCUAUGUACAAGCCUGGAUUCCCAAGGAUCAGCCUCAAUUGGCUUUACAAUAUCUCUAUCUCUUGACAUUGUACACAACCAAACAAGGCUAUCCAAAUGACGACAUGAUUCAACUGGCUAUUUCUUUUAUUAUUCAGUUCACUUUAGAAAAGAAUGACUUCAAGACACUGAUUGGAACACCACAGACUGGAAGAGGAAUGGGUCUAUUAUAUCAACAAAAAGAGUUAUUGAAUAUCUUUACUGACAAAGAAUACAUUCAAAUGAUACUCUUUCCUAUGGCACAGAAAUGCAUUGAUUAUGGUCGCACUACAGAUGCAGUCUAUAUCUAUGGUUUAUCUGGGGACUAUCAACGUAUGGUCAAUGUACUUGCUAAACAUCUCAGCAGUUCAUUACAGACACCUGAAUCUAUUGGCAAACAAGAUCCUAUUCUAAGCCAUGCUUCUCAUGAGGAAACAAUUCAAUUUGCUUUAGAUACAAUGGAACACUAUGAAAAGAAUGAACAGUUCAAUGUGGCUAUUGACUCUCAUCAAAGACUGACAAUACGUAGACUGAUUGAAUUACUCUAUUUCCGCCGUGCUUAUAGCCAAGGACAGUUAGUACAGGCAUUACAGGCAUUGGAGCAUUUGAAUAUUAUCCCUCUUAGUUCUGAUUAUCACCGUAUUCAACAAGCAGUCACUCAAUUCAACACAACACUGGAUCAAACCAUCAAAGAAAAUAUACCAGAACUAUUGUUGAAUGCUAUGGAUGUUGUGUAUAAAGUAUGGUUAAUUCAUACUCAAGAUACACCUCCUCCUUAUGAAGAAAUCAAAUUGACUGAACAAAUGGCCCGUGGCAUUUUGAUCUUUACUGGUCUUAUUCAAGUGUUUAUCCCAAAUGACAUUAUUAUUCGCUUAAACAAGACUGAAAUGUUAAUGCAACAAAAGAGAAGAUAAUAA